AUGAGUAUGAGAAUUCCAAAAGCAGCGUCGAUCAACGACGAAGAACAUCAACGUGUUAUCAAGUACGGCCGUGCCCUUGUUCUGGACAUUGUCGAGCAAUAUGGAGGUGGCCAUCCCGGUUCCGCCAUGGGGGCCAUGGCUAUUGGUAUAGCUCUGUGGAAGUACACCAUGAAAUAUGCUCCCAACGACCCAGACUAUUUCAACAGAGACAGAUUUGUCCUGUCCAACGGUCAUGUUUGUCUGUUCCAGUACAUCUUCCAGCAUCUUUACGGUCUCAAGUCGAUGACCAUGGACCAAUUGAAGUCGUACCACUCCCACGACUUCCACUCUCUGUGUCCUGGUCACCCUGAGAUCGAGCACGAUGCCGUCGAAGUCACCACGGGUCCUUUGGGUCAAGGUAUCUCCAACUCUGUUGGUCUGGCCAUUGCAACCAAGAACCUCGCUGCCACCUACAACAAGCCUGGCUUCGACGUCAUCACCAACAGAGUCUUCUGUAUGGUUGGAGACGCUUGUCUACAGGAAGGUCCUGCUUUAGAGUCCAUCUCGUUGGCUGGCCACAUGGGAUUGAACAACCUGAUUGUCCUGUACGACAACAACCAGGUGUGCUGUGACGGAAGUGUUGACAUUGCCAACACCGAGGACAUCAGUGCCAAGUUCAAGGCCUGCAACUGGAACGUUAUCGAGGUCGAAAACGCUUCAGAGGACGUUGCUACCAUCGUCAAGGCUUUGGAGUACGCACAAGCCGAGAAACACAGACCAACCUUGAUCAACUGCAGAACUGUCAUCGGAACCGGCGCUGCUUUUGAAAACCACUGCGCUGCCCACGGAAGUGCUUUGGGUGAGGACGGAGUCAGAGAGCUCAAGGUCAAGUACGGAAUGAACCCUGCUCAGAAAUUCUACGUGCCAAGUGACGUUUACGACUUCUUCAAAGAGAAGCCAGCAGAGGGAGACAAGCUUGUUGCCGAAUGGAAAGACCUGGUUGCCAAGUACGUCAAGGAGUAUCCUCAAGAAGGUGCCGAGUUCCUGUCCAGAACCAGAGGAGAACUUCCAAAGAACUGGAAGUCGUUCCUUCCACAGCAGGAGUUCACUGGAGACGCUCCAACCAGAGCAGCUGCCAGAGAGUUGGUGAGAUCGUUCGGUAAGAACUGUUCUUCUGUGAUUGCUGGUUGUGCGGACCUGUCGGUGUCUGUGAAUCUGCAGUGGCCUGGUGUGAAAUACUUCAUGGACCCUACUCUGUCCACCCAGUGUGGUCUUGCUGGAGACUUCUCUGGUAGAUACAUUGAGUACGGUAUCAGAGAGCAUGCCAUGUGCGCCAUUGCCAACGGACUGGCUGCCUACAACAAGGGCACCUUCUUGCCAAUCACGUCCACGUUCUUUAUGUUCUACCUUUACGCUGCUCCAGCCAUCAGAAUGGCUGGCUUGCAACAGCUCAAGGCCAUCCACAUCGGAACUCACGACUCCAUCAACGAGGGAGAAAACGGACCAACCCAUCAGCCGGUGGAGUCUCCUGCCCUGUUCAGAGCCAUGCCUAACGUGUACUACAUGAGACCGGUCGACUCUGCAGAGGUGUUUGGUUUGUUUGAGAAAGCGGUGGAGCUCCCAUACACCUCUAUUCUGUCCCUUUCCAGAAACGAGGUUCUGCAAUACCCAGGCAAGUCCUGUGCCCAAAAGGUCAAGCGGGGAGGCUACAUUUUGGAAGAUGCCGAGAACGCCGACGUGCAGAUCAUCGGUGUGGGAGCAGAGAUGGAGUUUGCCUACAAGGCAGCCAAAAUCCUGGGCAGAAAAUACAAAGUGAGAGUGCUUUCUAUUCCAUGCACCAGACUAUUUGACGAGCAGUCGCUCGGAUACAGAAGAUCUGUGUUGAGAAAAGACGGUAAACAGGUUCCUACUAUUGUUGUUGACGGCCAUGUUGCGUUUGGUUGGGAGAGAUACGCCACUGCCUCGUACUGCAUGAACACUUACGGUAAGUCUCUGCCACCAGAAGUGAUUUACGAGUACUUUGGCUACAACCCAAGUGUGAUUGCCAAGAAGGUGGAGGCGUAUGUUAAGGCAUGCCAGAGAGACCCUCUGCUUUUGCACGACUUCUUGGACUUGAAGGAGAAGCCUAAGCACGAUAAAGUUAAUAAGUUAUAG